ACCAGCCGUGCUCCUGUUUCACUCAAAGAUGGCGGCGGCUCCAGAGCCUCUGGUCUCUGGCUGCAUUUUAAGGCUUGUUGUUGUCUACCUUCCGCACGGUUUUGGCACCUUCUCCGCGGCGCCUCGACACCAUACUCCGGGUGUGUCAUCUGUCAAAGUGCCACAGGCAUGAAGGUGAUCUGACCUGGAUGCUCUCUGGUGUGAGAUAUUGGUUCAUCUUUGCUCGAAGAAGACUCCACUGGAAACGUUAAAACACCAAGAGAGGACUCCGAAAGACGAGGGAGAACGGGGAUCUUCGUUAUUUGGAAUAUUUUCGACGUCACUCGCAUUGCUGAGUUUCCUGGACUAUGUAUCGAUGGCAAAUGUUUCCUCCACCAUUUUUUUUAAUAGGAGGAAUCUGAUUUUAUUUCUCAAGUAAUAUUUAGUGAGAGCUUGGCUCAUUGUCAUAGAAAUUUGCUAGCUUUCUUGCUUACUUUCCUAAUGUAGUUUAUAGUCGGGAUGGUUUUCUGCUCUAAACAACCACCUCGCUUUGUGCAGGUGAAUACAUUUUUAUAAUGGUCCUUUAUUUCUGAGGCUUGUGCUAUGGUUAACCGCUGCUUAUCGUGCUGUUUUAAUUCAACGCUAUUUGGACUCUCAGUAAGACCCCAAGACAAGGGAUAGUAAGCUGAAAGCGUGAAGGGAGGUAUAGCCGGCGGCGCUACGGCGCAGGCCUGGAGUCUUUUUUGAGGCUAAUCAUCACUUUUUGUUUUUGAGAGGGCCUUGUGCUACGGCCUGGGGCCUUUGUGCCCUUGCACACCGCAGCCAUGGUGAAACUGGCGAACCCAACAUACACGCAGUGGAUCAUCGAGGCAAUCCAUAAGGUGAAGAAGCAGAAACAGCGACCAUCAGAGGAACGGAUUUGCAAUGCUGUGUCUAUGUCUCAUGGCCUCGAUCGCAAAACAGUUUUGGAACAGUUGGAGCUCAGUGUGAAGGAUGGCACCAUCCUGAAAGUCACCAACAAAGGUCUGAACUCUUACAAGGACCCUGAUUUUCCUGGGCGCAUCAUUGUGCCCAAGUCAAAAAGUGGGGGCACUUCUGGAGGAGGUGGAGGCGGGAGCGGUUGUGGUAGCACUAGUUUUGGUGGUGGCUCUCACUCUUAUACUGGAAAGAGACCAGGACUGGACUGGAACAAGUUGAUCAAGCGGGCACUAGAUGGUCUUCAUGAACCAGAGGGUUCAAGUAUAAAAAACAUUGAGCGUUUUCUAAAGUGCCAGGCUGAUGUGGCAGCUCACUUGUCCAGCAGUGGCGCUGUGGGAUCUGGCCUCUUCCACCAGCAACUUCGGGUAUCCCUGAAAAGGGCAGUGGCCCAUGGGCGAGUACUCAAGCAGGGCCCCCUGUUUUUGCUCGUCAGUCGCAGUAGCUCCCUGGAUGAUGGGACCGGGACGGUGUCCAUUGAAUCGCUGCCACCUGUGCGCCUAUUGCCUCAUGAGAAAGACAAGCCGGUGGCAGAGCCCAUCCCCAUCUGCAGCUUCUGUUUGGGGACCAAGGAGCAGAACCGCGAUAAGAAGCCUGAGGAACUCAUCUCAUGCGCCGACUGUGGCAACAGUGGCCACCCGUCCUGUCUCAAGUUUUCCCCGGAGCUCACAGUGCGAGUCAAAGCUCUGUGGUGGCAGUGCAUCGACUGCAAGACUUGCAGCAGCUGUCAGGAUCAAGGCAAAAAUGCGGACAACAUGUUGUUCUGCGACUCCUGUGACCGGGGCUUCCACAUGGAGUGCUGUGAUCCUCCUCUCACACGGAUGCCAAAAGGAAUGUGGAUUUGCCAAAUCUGCCAACCCAGGAAAAAGGGAAAGAAGCUUCUGCACGAAAAGGCAGCAGAAAUCAAACGGCGCUACAGUACACCGCUGGGAAGGCCCAAGAAUAGGCCAGGGCGACCCUUCAAGAAACUCGGUGGGCGUUCUCGACGGAAGCGCUCUGUUUCAGUCAGCUCCUCUUCCAGCUCGUCCUGUGAAGGGUACCCGGGUGACGACCGGCUUCUUUUCUCCAUGCGCGAAGACGGCGACAUGUCGCAGAGCAGUCUCCGCUUCAACAACAAGACCAAGGGCUUGAUCGAUGCCCUCACAAAGUUCUUUACACCGUCACCGGAAGGACGCAAAGCCCGCCAGGAAGUGGUGGACUACUCGCAGCAAUGCCGAAUCCGAAAGAAAAAUGGACGCAAAGGAGAGGGCGAUGACAGGACAGACAAUCAGGACGGGAGUGACUGGCGUGACGAGGACGACAGGCUGCCGGGCCAUGAAAACCUGACAGAAAAAGACAUCGAACUAUUUAGACACAUCCAGGAGCUCGCGUUACAGAAAGUGGGAGUGACGGGACCGCCGGACCCUCAGAUGCGCUGUCCAUCAGUCAUUGAAUUUGGCAAAUUUGAAAUCCAGACAUGGUACUCCUCUCCCUAUCCACAGGAGUACAGCAGACUACCCAAACUCUACUUGUGUGAGUUCUGUCUGCGUUACAUGAAGAGUCGAAGCAUCCUCUACCAGCACAUGAAGAAAUGCAGUUGGUUUCACCCUCCUGCCAACGAGAUCUAUAGGAAGGAUGAUGUCUCUGUGUUUGAGGUUGACGGGAACGUGAGCACAAUCUAUUGUCAGAAUCUGUGUUUGCUGGCGAAGCUCUUCCUGGACCACAAGACCCUCUACUACGAUGUGGAGCCCUUUCUUUUUUACGUCCUCACCCAGAAUGACAACAAAGGUUGCCACCUUGUCGGCUACUUUUCAAAGGAAAAGCACUGCCAACAGAAAUACAAUGUAUCAUGCAUCAUGAUAUUACCACAGUACCAGCGCAAGGGCUAUGGGCGCUUUCUCAUCGACUUCAGUUACCUGCUAUCAAAGCAGGAAGGCCAGCCUGGGUCACCAGAGAAACCCCUUUCAGACCUUGGCCGACUGUCCUACAUGGCCUACUGGCGGAGCGAGGUUCUUGAAUGUCUCGAUAAAGUCCGGGACAAGAAGAUCACCAUCAGACAGCUCAGCAAACUCACUGGAAUCUGCCCUCAGGACAUCACCACCACACUACACAGCCUCAACAUGCUGGAGCAACGAGGAGACAGAACGGUCCUUGUUCGGCGAGAAAAGAUUGUGGCUAAUCACAUGGCCAGGCUCAAAGCUCGACCGCGGCUGCUGGAAGUUGAUCCCGAGUGUCUACGCUGGACCCCAGUCAUUGUAACCAACACUGUUGUCUCCGACGCUGACGGAGAUGAUGAUGAUGAUGACGAUGAAGACAAUGAAGAAAACAUUGCUGAAAAACCAAGAAAACCCACCCGCAAUGAGAUCAAACCCAGUGUGAAGGCUCCACCAUUGUCCUGGCACUUACGUCAAAAGAAAAGCGAGGAGGAAGAAGAUGACGAGGAGGAUGAUGAGGAUGAUGAUGACGAAGAAGACAGGAAGGGCUUUCUGGGAUUUUCAAUGAACCAAAGCUCACCUGCCCAACCUGUUUCUGAAUCUACCCCAGCACCUCCCCCAGCGAAUGGAGAGCGGAGGCCAAGGGGUCGACCACCAAAAAACUGGCCAUGGGGUAAAGUAAAGGACAGCCAGAGAGCAAGUCGUCUGCCAAAGAUUCGUCCAAUGGAUGAUGAGGAUGAGGACGAAGAUGCAGAAGAUGAACGGCCAGAGAGGGUAAAACGGGCAACGUCCUGUAGCCCCCCAUCUCUUUUUUCCCUUGAUAGACAAGAAGAGUCGUCAAUCUUCCCCUCAUUGGACACUGCCAGACACCCCUCCACAACCCCUACGCGGAGGGGUCGACCGCCUAGAAAAAAGAGAGGACCCAGGCCAAGGCCAAUAGAUGAGCCUGGCGAGGAACCCAAAGACUUUCCUCUAAUUUCCAGGCUGAAUGAUCCUCCUCCAGCAAGAAAGGGCUGUUUUAGUGAAAGCAGUGAGGACGAGGAAGAUGAAGAAGAAGAGGACGGAGAAGAUGAGGAUAAGGGGACAUGUUCCCCUCCCAUUCUCACAAAGCCAGCUAUGGGGUUAAAAUGCAAGAAACCCCUGAGGAAACGUCGUUUUCGUCAGCGCAGCCACCCCCACAGCAGUGUGGUGACGGAGACCAUUUCUGAGACAACUGAAGUUUUGGAUGAGCCCUUUGUGGACUCUGAUUCAGAAAGAACAAUGCCCCUGCUAGAGGAGGAGAUAACUCCUCGGCCACCGUUGCGCCGCUAUCCACCUGCACGCUCUGCGUUACGGCUAUCAGACCCGUCACCAAAAAGAGGCCGGCCAUCCAACCUGACCGACUCAGAGGAAGAUGAGCCCACCCCUGUCCUGAAGCCGUUGGGAGCAUCUUCAACAUGUCCUUCUGAAACUGCAGCUGAAAAACCUGAAGUCCCAGUCAAGAGGAAGAAAGGCUGGCCCAAAGGAAAGAGCCGAAAACCACUGCACUGGAAAAAGAGGGGACCUGGAAGACCCCCUGGAAGUGGAGCAAAUCAGCGUGCAUCUGCUGACAGUCAGCCCCAGAGCGAAGGUGCUCAGCCAGCAAAAAUAAAGAUGAAACCAGGUCGCAAACCACGGAGCUGGUACCUUCAGCGGGCCCAGGAGGAGGCUAAAAGGCAGGGUCUGGAAGAGCAAAGGCAAAGACAGAACCAUGGUAUCGAUGCUCAGCUGGUUUCCAUGGAUGAGCGCAACAGCAAGCGACUUAGCCGAACCAAUCCAGAAACAAAACCGAGAGACUCUGAGGACGACGAUGAUUUUCUGCCAAAACCUAUAGAGCAGAAGAUCCCAAGAAGACGGGGAAGACCACCGAAGAAACCCACACUUAGCCAACAACCACAGCCUGUUCGUAAACAGUCUCCCGACUCAGAACCAGAUGAAGAGGAGGAAGAUGAAGAUGAGACAGAAAGACCUUGGGAGGAAGACAAAUCAAGUCGUCCUCCAUCCCGUCCGUUGCUGUCACCCUCCUCUUCGUCCAACUCAGGCUCCAGAGCCCCACAAUUCCGACCUCAGGACACUGAAAUGGUUGACAGGGAGGAUGAGGAUGACGACGAAAGGGAUGAGGAAGACUUGGCAAGCCCAGAUGGCAACAUCGAAUCAGUCGGCCGCCGAACUGCUGUGACUCCAAGUUCUGGAAGCAGACGCAGCGAAGACCACGACGCAGAUGAUGAAGGUGAUGGCCAUUUAGAGGAAAAAAGCAGCUGUAAGAAAAGGAAGAGUCGGGAAUCUGAAGAUGACGAUGAUGAAGAUGAAGAAGAAGAUUCUGCCUCUCGUGCAAACUCUCCACCGGUAAAAGAAGAACCUCAAAGUAGUGAGGCUUUUUUAGACAUGGAGAACAGCGUGGCCCGGGACUUUGUCAGUAAGCAAGAGGACGACGAUGAAGAGGAAGAAGAGGAGGAGGCUGCGGAGGACGAAGUGCAGGAGGCAAAGUGUCAGCCUCCCUCAGCUGAUCCGCAGCAGGAAGAGAGGCGGCGCAGGGAACAGGAGGAGGCUGCUGCCGCUGCUGCCGCAGUGGAGACUGUCACGGCCAUGUCUGUUCCCUCUGAUCCAAUAGAGCUCCAGCCUCUACACACUGAGGAUAAGGAUGUCACAAUACUGAUGGAACCACCACAUACACACUCACAUUCCCACCAGCACUCUGACUUUAAAGAGGAAAUGGGCCACAAUCACAACCACCACCCGCAUCACCAUUCCAAUGAACUGGACCUGGAGACAGUGCAGGCUGUUCAGUCCCUGACGCAAGGGGAAGCCCAAGAAGAAGAGGCAGAAACACAUCCUCAUCAUGGGGCUUACCAGGACUGUGAGGAGACCCUAGCUGCCUGUCGCACUCUGCAGAGUUACAGUAAUACCGGGGAGGCAGAGGAGGAGGCACUGGCCUUGGUUGAGGAAUGUGGGACCUCUCAAAACAGUAGCCCUCUUCCCAAUCCCCCAAUGCCGCCUCUUCCAAAUCAAUCUAUUAGAUCCGUGAACAGCCCAGGUUUGCCCACAGCAAUGAUUGACACCACGCCAUCCGGGCAGAGGGUUGGUACGCCUGGCCCGAACGGUGCUGGGGCAAAUAAUGGACCUACUGGUGGCGGUUACACGCAGAUCACCCCAGAACACCCGAGUUCUCUGUCUGCGCCCUCGCAGCAGAACAUGGAGACGUCACCCAUGAUGGAUGUCCCGUCCGUGUCGGACCACUCGCAGCAGGUGGUGGACAGCGGCUUCAGUGACCUGGGCAGCAUUGAGAGCACGACGGAAAACUAUGACAACCCCAGCAGCUAUGACUCAACCAUGGGAGGUGGAGGCAACGGCGCAGGAAACGGGGGAAAUGGAGGGGGCAUGUCGACAACGACGGUGACUGGAGCUUCUGCAGCAUCCUCGUCUGCCUCCUCCUCAAGUUCUGCAACUCCAUCUUCUUCCUCUUCCCAGUCCAACAGUUGCUCUUAUGCGCCAGCGCCCAGCCACACGUCUUCCACUGGGACAGGAGGGUCGCAGUUAAGUAUGGGCAGCUGUAGUCUCAUCCAGCAAACCGGCAGUGGUCCCAGCGGUGGCCCUGUUUCCAGUAAUGUUGGCAGUUCUGUCCCUCAGCCUCCGCCGCCUCCUCCACCAUCCAACACUCCUGGGUGUAGCAUCAAGUCACCUCAGAGCUGUGGUGUGAUCGAAAGGCCACCCAGCACCAAUCAGCAGCAACAGCAGGCCUCAAAGAAAGUCGCGCAACAGGCUGCACAACAGCAACAGGCCCCAAACUCCCAGCCUUCGCACUCUGCUGCCCCGCCGCCUUCACAACAGCAACAGUCCCUGUCGCAGUGCAGCAUGGGCAACGGCUUUUCUUCGACACCCAUGAUCAUGGAGAUUCCAGAAAGUGGGAGUGGUGGAGGUGGGCGUACCCUGUAUGAACGCAUGGGUCAGGACUUUGGCACUGGGGGCUACCCCCAGCCCUCUGCAACCUUCAGCCUUGCUAAACUCCAGCAACUGACCAACACAAUCAUGGACCCACAUGCAAUGUCCUACUCCCACUCUGCCUCCGUCACGUCCUAUGCCACAAGUGUGUCUCUUUCCAACCCUGGCCUGGCACCUUCGCCCCACACUCCUCUUCCACAAGGCCAGCCCACUAUGACUCCGCCUCCAAACCUUAGCUCUGGCUCCAUGAACCUCGGCUCCUUGCAGCUUCAGUGCAACAUGCCCACGCCAAACAUUGGCUUGGGUCCCCCGCCCCACACACAGCGACUGCAAGGCCAAAUGCCCACAGUCAAAGGACAUAUUUCUAUUCGCUCGAAAGCCACUCAACAGUUGGCCCCGGCGCCCCACCAGCAGCAGCUUUAUGGACGCAGCUCAGGGGCUGUUGCCAUGCAGGGCACUCCACGCACCUUGGCUGUUCAGCGCGGCAUGAUGCCAAACCUGAUGCCGACGCCAGCGGCGUACAACUCCAUGAACAUGACGCCGCUCAACGCCAUGUCAGCCGGCUACAGAAUGCCGCAACCGAUGAUGAACAGUGGUUACCAUGGCAACCCCCCUUAUAUGAAUCAGCCAGCUCAGUACCCCAUGCAAAUGCAGAUGGGCAUGAUGGGAGGACAAGGUUACCCACAGCAGCCUAUGCAGCCAAAUCACCAUGGCAACAUGAUGUAUACAGGCCCAUCCCAUCACGGCUAUGCUGGUGUUCCUAAACAGCCACCGUACAUGAGCAGAUGAGCAGCUGCGGACUGAUGAGAAUUGGGCCAAAGUUGAUACUUGCUGCACUCUUGCUGUUAACACUACGCUGUUGUAGAUGUAACAAUCAGAGAGGGCCUUUUUGGUUUCCCGUUUUCUGUGUUCUUCUGUCCUUGUUUUAAUACUUGGGCUCGUGUCCCCUCUUGAAUGAGAGUGAGUCGAAAGGAUUUGGGACAAGGUUGUGCACAUGGACUCCGGCCAUGCUUCACAAAUUCAGGAUGAGCUAACAUGCUCCGCGAGCACGGGCCCAAUGGUCGUCCUCCUGACGUGCGCGAGGACGAUGGAGGAGGGCGGAGGUGAACAGAAAAGGACAAGACAGGAGUUCCCUGAAUUUUGAGACUGCAAAUAAAGGACUGGUGAAAAAAUACCCAACCAUGCACACAAUCUUUAAACUGAUAUAGGAAGCCUUACCGUAAAAAGAAAAAAAAAAAGACUGAAGAAUUGUAGGUGGAUUAUUUUGUUUUGUAAAACAUGUUAAAACUUAUUUUUGUUGUCAUUUCUUUUUAUGGUUAUGAGAUAUUUGUGUGCAGUCUGACCUCUUAGAUGCUUUGGUCUUUAUAUGUGGCAUUCUGAAAAGGUGGCACACUCUCGAGUCCCUGAGGUUGGGACACAACAUCCGGUCUCACUGGCGGUGUUUCCAGAGUCUCUGUCUUCCCAGAUGGACGAUGUCAUACCAAAAACACACAAGAGGAGACGAGCGUGUUACUGUCUUACUUCAUGUCUACAGCUAAAAACGAGUAGUGUUCUAUUCCCGUUUUCCACCUCACUGAAGAUGUAAAUAUUCUGGUACUCUCGAAUAUUAAACAGCACACAAACACACACACACACACACGGCUACUUUACCAGCCAGUUCAGGAGAGAACCUUGAGCAGUUCUUGUCCACACUCCACUGGCACAGAUUCCAACUGUCUCCUUUUUAAUAACGGUUUACACAGAGCAAAUCAAAGGAAGAUGUUUCUACUCGCUGCGUAAAAUAAAAGUCGGUGAAUUCUUGUUCAAACCUCAGAAGUGUUCAUGACCCACACCAGGUUGAGGAGUCUGCAUUUUUAAUGUUGUAUUCUGUUGAAACUGUAAGUUUCUCUCCAGCAAACUCGACUAGAUGGAGGGCAAUAGACGGUCUUCGCAAAAGUUGUACCUGAAUGUCUGAUCUAGUGCAUGGUCCGGCCCCUCGCUCGGAGGCGCAGGAGAACAGGGUUAGGUGUAGUUAUGGCGUUCAAACAACAGGUGGGGCUGUUCAGGCGGUUGGCCCCUUAACAAGUGUUCAACAGAGAGGAGUUCCUUUUUCUUUUUUUUUUUUACUGACCUGACAUUGCAUACUUAAUUUGUGUGUACUGUUUUGUUUUCAAGUUACUUUUGUUUUGUUUUCUUUCUGAAUUUUAUCAGACCGGGCAGCUUUCUUUUCUGACUUAAGCUGACUCUUUUUUGACUUUAGAAAAGCUAUUGUAGAGAAAAAAAAUGUUUUUUCUAUAAUAUAAAAAGGAAAUUCUGACAUUGAUAUUGGUACUGUCAUUUUUUCCCCACUUCUGUUUCAGGAGAAAAAAACGGAACAAUUCAUAUUUUUUAGCUCGCCUCUUGGGUAACGGUUACUAUGAAAUUCAAAAUUUACAAAAACUCACUUUUUGUGACUUUAAGAUGCCUUUAACCUCUUCAUUCCAUCUCAUCGCUAGAGUUUUCUAUCUUUGUGUAGUAUAUAAUGCUAUUUUAAACAAAAAGACAACAGAUAUCUAAAGGUCACUUGGCAUUCUUUUUUUUUUUUUUAACUUGUGUGUGUAUAGGAAUACUUCCUUACAUUUAAGAGGCAUGUACAAAUGAGCUCAGUAUAUUUGUCUGUUUAUAUCGCUUCCUUUUUGUAUCCUUUGUAAUGUACAUGUUGCGUUGUAUGCUAAGAGAGCGCAAAAUACAAAGAGUGACGGCCGAGCACACGAUGGGCGGCAGAUUUGCGCUCGGCAGCCUCAAUGCUCUUCUGUCCAUGUAUGUAUUUCCUUUUUUUAUUUCUGUUUUUUUUCCUCCCUUCCUUUCUUAGCAAGUACUUUCAAAGAACUCUGUACAUUUUAACAUAAAAUGAAAAUAAAUUAUGUUGAGCCAUUCUUGUUUCUCUUGAGCUCUUUAAAGUAGAUCCCAUCCUGUCAACGGUACGCGCCUUUAAAUGAAUUAAGCUGAGCCUAUGACACUUGCCACCU